GUACAAGUUUUACAUAUAUCGUCGAUAGACAGGAAGAGAGAAAGUGUAGGUUGCAAUGGGAGUAGUCUUCAUUACAAAGAUAGAGAAAGCAAAACAAUGGUGGAGAUUGAGGCUGUCUUUCAAGAAUGCUACUUUCUUUGUCUGUUUCUUGAAUAUUCUCACCGCCUUGCUCUUACUUCAGCCCUUUCUCUUUGCUUCCUCCCCUCGCAAAUCCCCUUCUCAUCCAUCCAUUGCAGAGCAGAUCAAUUACAUUAAAGAAUCUGAAGAGAUACGCCGUGCCAUGGAACCUGUGGAACUGAUAAAAAGAGUCAGGGAAAUUGAGAGAGAGGUAUAUGUAGAAACAGAGCCAAUUCAACAAAAAGAUACAAAGCAGGCUGUUGCAGUCAAUCUAAUAUCAAGGCUAAAUGAUUUCCAUGUCAACUCGGAUGCUGCCAGCAUGAAAGCUCUCGAGGAAUGGCGAAUGCGAAAGAUGGAACGGGCAAAACAACGAGGCCUUGGAAAAAAUGCCACUAUCACUGUGCAAUAAUAACUUGAUUGUCUCAUUGUACUUGCUGAUUCUAAAGAAUAUGACAAUAGUUGAACCAAUGAAUAGAUCGACAUAUUACAUUCUGAGAUUGUGAUAUUGUAGAAUUAUAAGUGUUCUUAUGAUGUAUAUCCUACUUUCAAUAGUUUAAAAAAGUAUAUAGUUUUGAGUUCA